CGUGGCACGUGGGAUCCUCCCGGACCGGGGCACGAACCCGUGUCCCCUGCAUCGGCAGGCGGACUCUCAACCACUGCACCACCAGGGAAGCCCUGACUGGCUUCUUUUACUUAGGAUGUUUUCAAAGUUCAUCCAUGCCAUGGCAUGUAUCAGUACUUUAUUCCUUUUUAAUGGCUGAAUAAUAUUCUAUUGUAUAGAUAUGCCCAUUUGUCCAUUCAUCAUUCAAUACUUGGAUUUUUAAAUAUAUCUUCCCAUUUUUAAUUCAAAUAUAUGCUUUAAAAAGUUCUGUGUAACCUUAAGCAUGUAUCUGCUGGCCAGGUAAGUCAGAGGGCCAAUGGUAUAAGACCGUUGUUUUAUGACCCACUGUUACAUGUUUUCCCAUAUAAUCCUCAUAUCAGGAACUUGGGGUUUGGGAUGGUAAAAGGACAUGCGUAGGAAAAGGCCUGCAGUGCAGCUUCCACUCCGUACCGCCAGAAGCUUUUCUCCCCCAAACCAAAACCUCAGGGGAAAGGGCUUUGUUUUAGAAUGAGCGGAAGACAAACAUCUAGCUUAUGGCUCUGUCCUUGCAUUUCCCUGGGACUCAGUUUCCCUCCAUGUAAAAUGACUGAUGUUGGGUUAGUUGAUCUCCAAGGCACUGGGCUUGCUAACGGGGUCAUUCUUUUUCCCCAACAUCCACCUGGGCACGAAUUGGCUCUGGUCAAGAUAGUUUAGCUGCAGCUGAACACAAGGUUGAGGCCCCUGGCUUAUCCUGGUAAUUGGUAGAUUCGUGCGGAGCUGUCCUAAGGCACCACGGGGAAGAAACCAGCCCAGAAGUCCUCCUUGUCGCUGGCCAGUCCAUUUUACCUGCCAGGGUCAUUUGUGAGGUGGCAGCACCAGGGCUGAGCCUGGGACUUACAUCAGGAGUGACUUAAACUCAACUCGUGGUUCUCGAACAGAAACCCCAGCCUGGGCCCCCUCACCUUAUUUAUGGCAAGGGCAACUUAUCACUAGGAGGAAAGGUCUAAGAGCCCCUGUUGAAAUGCUGAUAAAUAAUCAUCGAGCUUUUCCUGCGCCGAAAGUUGUUUCAUAAGCAAGGUCGGAUGUCUCUAGUGGUCACCCCAGGCACCUUUCCUCCCACCCUCGUUUUCCAAAAGGACGAAGGAUAGGGAAGCGACGUCCUAGCUCGCGUAUUUAAACCGGGCAGAGGGUCAGCAGAGGUCCGCGUUUCUCAACUCUUUCCAAGAGCACCUCGCGUCCCGAAUCGGCGCCUUCAACUCGGAGAAGUCGGGAGCCCCACAGGAAACUUCCAUUACUGCAGACGCUGCCACACAGCCGGGGCAGCGGAUGGGCUGCCGCGCUGGCUCCCCAGGAAUGCGCUCCCUCCACGGCCGGCCGCCCCGCCGGCCCGCCCUCUCCCGGGGACCCCCCGGCACCUGCGGCCUCCGAAACCAUGUCGGGCAGGUCGGUUCGAGCCGAGACCAGGAGCCGGGCCAAAGAUGAUAUCAAGAGGGUCAUGGCGGCUAUCGAGAAAGUGCGCAAAUGUCAAGCCUUGGAUUUGCUGACCUACUGGGGCCCGGGCCAAGGAAGCCAGUUCAGGGGCUUGGAGAAGAAGUGGGUGACUGUGGGUGACACAUCCCUGCGAAUCUACAAGUGGGUCCCUGUGACGGAGCCAAAGGUGGAUGAUAAAAACAAGAACAAGAAAAAGGGCAAAGAUGAGAAGUGUGGCUCAGAGGUGACCACCCCGGAGAACAGCUCCUCCCCGGGAAUGAUGGACAUGCACGAUGAUAACAGCAACCAGAGCUCCAUUGCAGACGCCUCCCCCAUCAAACAGGAGAACAGCAGCAACUCUAGCCCCGCUCCCGAGCCCAACUCGGCCGCGCCCGGUGAUGGCACCGACACCAAGGUGGAUGAGGCCCAGGCCGAUGGGAAGGAGCUCCCCGGGGCCGAAGAUGCUUCUGAUGAGCAGAAUUCACAGUCUUCAAUGGAAAACUCGAUGAACAGUUCAGAGCAAGUAGAACGGCAGCCAUCUGGAGAUGUGGGUCUGGCUGCAGAGACAUCCACAAUCUCUCAGGUACCUCGGUCGAGGUCUCAGAGGGGCAGCCAGAUCGGCCAGGAGCCCGUUGGGGUGUCGGGGGAUCUGGAAGGAGUGCCACCCUCCAAAAAGAUGAAACUGGAGGCAUCGCAGCAAAACUCCGGGGAGAUGUAGACGCCGAGUUCAGCCCCCUGAUCCACUUCUCACUGGAGACGCAUCAGCGGCUUAAUUCUAGAGCAGCCUCACCGAGCGGAUCCCUGUUGGGUGCGAAGGGAGCUACUAACUUUUCAAGUGUACCAAGUGCAAAUCCAAGAAAACCUAGAAUGGCGUAACUUCUCAGACACUGAAGAACUUCCUGCUGGGAAGCAAAACACUCGAAUCUUGAAGCGACUGUCCUGAGGAAGGCGGGGUCGACAGCUCAGGAGCUGCACGCCGUCUCUGAAGCCAAGAUUACAGUUGUGUUGCUGCUGUAUUGUUUUUUUGGUUUUUUUUUUUUUUCCACUUCUCUAUUUAAGGAUGUAAGCUAUUUGAGGGUGGUACCGAUCGGGAAUUCGCUUUUUCAUCGGGGCUUUUCACUGUUCAACUGAUUCCUUCCACUUUCUUUUUUUGUGCCUUGUGCCCUUGAGGUGACCUCUGGCAUGUUUUCCUGGUUGUUUUGCAUCUCCCCUUGCAAGUGCCCUCUUGGUUCAGUUCAGGCAGCCAUUGCCCCGGUCCUCACAUCUCUCUCCUCCCUGCCCCGGGACUUCAGCUGGAGCGGACCAGGCAGGGAGAAGGAGAGCCCGAGGCUGCAGAAGAGCAGGACCUCCCGGGCAGCCUGACUUCCUGGUCCAGGGGGCUGAGGGACACACCCUGAGCCCCAGGUGGGGACAGCACCAGCCUCCAGGGUCCGAGGAGCCUCCGAUGUCUGGGCACUGUCCCCAAGGGCUUCCACAGAGCCCUUCGAUUGUCCUGGCACUUCCCCCUCUGCCGCCGCCACACCGCGUUCUCCCACACCUCCGAAGACGGACUGGCUUCUGCCGCUGACUGCAGGAUUGUCUCCUUAAGACGAUAAAGGGGCGGAGGAGGCUGGGAGCAGACGGCAGGAAUAGCUGGUGCUGAACUUUCUCUCAUAGGACGUCGCUUGGAUUUCAGAUCCACAGUCACCUGCUGCCCUCUGCUUGCCGCCCUCCCCCCCAGCUCCACCCGUCCCCACCUGCAGAGGAGGCAAGGUUGCAGUCGGCCAAAUUCCAAAAUCCGCUUGCUUCUACCUACUGUUCCGAGUCCCGGAGCCAACAGUUGGAUCGUGUCUCGUUCCCGGACGCUCUGAUGCUCCCAGACGCUGCCACGGGGGAGCGGGCCUUGAGGGUUGGACCUCGAAGGCCAGAAACGAGGCACCGAGGAACUGGAGAGCUUUGCACUCCUCCAGAAAGGGGCAACCGGGUCCCUCCCCCGCCUCCAUCCCCCGCCUGCACUGGGACAGCUUCCUCUCACUAAAAUGGAGAUGCCCCCCGCCCCUUGGACAAACUGCCUAAUUGUUUGGUUCUGAGGCCUGGUUUGCUCUUAAUUCCUAUACAGACUCCUCAGACCUUAACCCUUUUCCUGAACUUUCUUUACUGCACUGGAGUUCCAACUCCCUUUGAGUUGUAUGGCGGGAACGGGGAGGGAGGGUUCCGGGGGGGUUUCGUUGGUUGUUUUAUUCUUUUUUUCUGUUUGUUUGUUUGUUUGUUUUUGUUUUGGCUAAUUGGUGCAUAUUCAGGUACCACCUUUUUCACAUGUGGAUCUCUCUCCUGGCCGCCAUGGGGAGUGUCUGCCAGAUUCCAUUUUCUAAGAGUGUCUGAGGGUGAGGCUCUUAUUUGUUUUUUAAGGGAGCCAAUCUAUUUCCUGCACUUCAAGAAGAAUCAAAAUGUUCCUGAAUUUCAAAUACCUCAUGCAAAAAUGUCUCCUGAAACAAAGGAAGAAAAAAAAAAAAAACAUGAACUUUGAAAAUCUUAACGUUGAAGUUAGCAAUGCCGAAAGGUUUCUGUCUUAAAAAAAAAAAAAAAAAAAAUCCUUAUCAAUUUCACCCCUCAGGCAGGCAGUUCUGCGGAGAACUGUGUCCUGCAUUACCUCUCAGCGUAUCUCAAGGCGGCUUUACCUCCAGACCCUAUAGAGUUAGAGUUAACUUUUUCCUUUGCAGCAAAACUCCAUUUGGAUGAAAGAUGAAUUUGGAUAUUUAUUUCCUCCUCUUUUUUGGGAAACGAGAGGUUACAAGCAAGACAGCUGAAGGAGAAUCACACGCAUCCGUGGAAACAGCAGGGUCCUCUCAACAGGCAAGGGGAGUGGACGCGGUUGAGGAUGAACGAAGAGGACACCCAGGAUACGAGGCUGUCAUAGUUUUUCUCUGAAGUGCCUGAAGGUAGGAAUGGGCCGGGGGUCGGGACCGACGGGGCCCCGCCACGGCCACGCCAGGCAGAGCGCCAGCGGCCCUGCACUCCAUCCACGCCGGCCGGGAAGGCCUUCCACGCGGGAUGAUGAGACUGCAAAAAUCCAGACGUGCUUCCUUCCCCGACGCGGCUCGCUCCUCAGCCGCCGUUCCCCACCCCUCGCCCCCAGUCCCACCACAGAAUCUAAGACCUUUCAGCCGGCGAGCCAGAGGCGGGGGUCCUAAGCGAAUGCCUUCCGCGGACACCAGGCCCCGCGGCCUAAAGGGCUCCCGGGGCAAACUUACUCCCCGAAAAACUUGAAGUUGGGGAUGCUGCAGCUACACAUUCCACAAAGUGCUGGCACUUACCCCAUAACCCGAAGGCGGUAGACCGACUCAUAGGGUGGUGACCUCCCAUUACCAACGGUGUCAUGGUUUUUGGAAUGUUCAUUAUCAGCCAAGGACCUGCUUAGAGGUAUAAAGACCUUUUUUCACUGUUACCUAAUUUUUUUUUUUCCUUACGAUUUUUUUUUUUUUUGGUGUGUUGUACAGCAGUAUAAUUUUUCACUUAUUUAUU